UGUCUCUGUGCUCUCCAGCCAGUCGUCCUGGUCCUGCUUGGAGAGACACGACGGCAUCAGCAGCAGCAGCAGCAGCACGGCAUUCCGGGGAAACACCAUGCAUCUUAGGCUGAAAAGACGACUGGAGCCUGACAUCAUUACGCUUUGUUAUUUUUGAUUUCCGUAUAUUUUUUUCUUUCGUUUUGUCCUUUUUCUUUCUCCUUUUUAGCCAAUUUGUUACGCGCAAGGACACUACAGCAUCCCUCCACGGCAGACACGCUCACAUAGAGCCUCCUCUGUGCAGACGCACCACCACCAUCCUCCUCUUUCCUUCCUUCCUUCCUUCCUUCCUCCCACUCUCCUCCUCUCCUCUCUCCUGUUCUGUUCGAACCCAGAGGACAUCGGGACCUCUUCUCCCCCCGAUUGCCCGGAGACAUGGAUCUAUGGUUUCAUUCGAUCCGGAUUUGCUGGUGGAGGGUUUUGUUUCUGAUGAGUGUUUUCCAGGACUAUCUGAGCUCCAUGCUGGACUGCCCGCCGACCUGCAGCUGCUCUCAAACAGAGAUCUAUUGCAAUAAGUCCGACAACGGCAGGUUUUUCCCUUUGCUCGCCCUGCAAGACACUGGGAGCAAUGGGACCAGUGUUGACAUAGCAGAGUUAUUCAAAAACAUCACCUCUAUACACAUAGAGAACUGGACGGGAUUGCAGACUCUGAGAGACGUCGAUAUGGAGCUCUACACUGGACUACAGAGACUAACUAUUAUGAAUUGCAACCUGAGGGUGAUCCAGGCUCGAGCGUUCGCUCAGAACCCACACAUCCGCUACAUAAACUUGUCAAAGAAUCCUCUCAGCACUCUGUCAUGGCAGCUCUUCCAGCACCUCCAAAUCUCCGAGCUGCGCCUAGAAGGCGUGGUGUUUGACUGCGGCUGUGAUAUCCGCUGGAUCCAGCUGUGGCAGCAGAGAGGAGAGGCCGGCCUCCACACACAGCAGCUGUACUGCAGGAACGGAGCCUCCAAGAUACGACUGCACAACAUGUACAUCCACAACUGUGACUUACCAGAGAUUGGUGUGAGCCACAGCAGUGUGUUGGUAACGGAGGGCGACAAUGUGACCGUGAGCUGCAAUGGAUCUGGAUCACCGCUGCCUGAAGUGGACUGGACUGUUAGCGGCCUGCACUCCAUCAACACACACCUGUCCAAUGUCUACUGGCCGAACAUCCACUCUAUCAACCUGACUCUUUUCAACAUCAGCCGAGAUGACAACAACUUCCAGCUGACCUGCAUUGCAGAGAACGUGGUGGGGAUGACAAACUCCUCCAUCCAGCUCAACGUACAAUUUCCUCCAGUCAUCCUGAGACUGGCUGAGCCCGAGCAGCGCCAUGAUACCUGCAUUGAGUUCACUGUUCAUGGUUACCCCCAUCCCAAGUUGCGCUGGUUCUACAAGCAAAAGGAGAUUCUGCAGAACGAUUACAUCCGAACUGACAUGGACUUUUACCAGGACUAUCUGGAGGGCUGUCUGACCUUCCAGAACCCAACACACAUCAACAAUGGCAACUACACUCUUGAGGCUAGUAACCCGUUGGGAACAGUCACCAAGACAGUGUAUGGUCACUUCCUCAUGGCCCCCGGCAUGGAUGAAAAGGACAUAGUGGAACUAGUUCCUUCGACGCCGUCAGAUGGUGAUUCAGGCCCACCAGAUGAAGACACAUUUGGGGUUUCCAUUGCUGUGGGUUUGGCAGGCUUCGCUUGCGUCCUGCUCCUCGUCCUUUUUGUUCUCAUCAACAAAUACGGCCGGCGCUCCAAAUUCGGUAUGAAAGGUCCUGUAGCUGUGAUCAGUGGUGAGGAAGACUCUGCCAGCCCUCUUCAUCAUGUCAACCAUGGGAUUAUUACCCCAUGUACUCUGGAUGCGGGUCCUGAUGCGGUUGUCAUAGGGAUGACUCGUAUUCCUGUGGUGGAGAAUCCUCAGUACUUCAGGCAUGGACACAAUUGCAACAAGCCAACCACCCUUGUCCAGCAUAUAAAGCGAAGAGACAUCAUCCUGAAGAGGGAGUUGGGGGAAGGAGCAUUCGGAAAAGUCUUUCUGGCAGAGUGCUACAACCUCAGCCCCACCAAGGACAAGAUGCUGGUAGCUGUCAAGACACUGAAAGAUCCCAACCUGUCGGCAAGAAAGGACUUCCAGAGGGAGGCAGAGCUGCUGACCAAUCUGCAGCACGACCACAUCGUUAAAUUCUACGGAGUGUGUGUAGACGGAGACCCUCUUAUCAUGGUGUUCGAAUACAUGAAGCAUGGCGACCUCAACAAAUUUCUCAGAGCCCACGGCCCAGACGCCAUGAUCCUGGUAGAUGGCCAGCCGCUGCAGUCUAACGGAGAGCUGGGCCUUUCCCAGAUGCUGCACAUCGCCAGUCAGAUUGCCUCGGGCAUGGUCUACCUGGGCUCCCAGCACUUUGUCCACAGAGAUCUUGCAACCCGUAAUUGCCUGGUGGGCAAUGGCCUGUUGGUUAAGAUUGGAGACUUUGGCAUGUCCAGGGACAUCUACAGCAGUGACUACUACAGGCGUGGCAGCUGGGCCAGUUCGGACCAUGCUGGGGGCAACGCCAGCAGUUAUGAAGUACAUGCCUGCUGGGUUGGAGGACAUACCAUGCUACCUAUUCGCUGGAUGCCCCCAGAGAGCAUCAUGUACAGGAAAUUCUCCACGGAAAGCGACGUCUGGAGCUUUGGAGUCAUCUUGUGGGAGAUCUUUACCUAUGGGAAGCAGCCUUGGUUUCAGCUGGGCAACAAUGAGGUUAUUGAGUGCAUAACCCAGGGUCGGAUUCUGGAGCGGCCACGGAUCUGUCCCAAGGAGGUUUAUGACAUCAUGCUGGGCUGCUGGCAGAGGGAACCGCAGCAGCGACUGAACAUUAAGGACAUUCAGAAGGUCCUGUUUGCCAUGGGGAAAGCCACGCCGGUCUACCUGGACAUCCUGGGCUAGCAGAGGCCCGGGGUGGCCCGUUCUUCACCAGACACAGAGAACAACAGAGACAUACAGACAGACAGACCGACCCACACCAAUCCAGGAAUAACCAAACCAACCUACUCCACUGUCAAAAACACCUACAAUGUUUGGGAAGGACUUAAGUGCCUGCAACACUUUUGGAUAUAGUGGAUAAAACGUAUUCAAAAAACACGCACUUUUACAUUUUGUUUAAUUGCGUAUAAGAUGUACAGGUUUAAAGAAGACUCUUUUUUUUUUCUUUUUUUUUUCAAAAAACUGCAAAAAUUCCCAGACAUGGAUACAAAGAGGGACGUAAAGUGGACUGGCAAAAGGAAAAUGGCCACAGUUAUAUUAUGGAGAGAACACAUCAGAGUUCAAAUCUAUCCUGGGUUGGGUUUAAUGAAUAUAUAGAAAUAUUACAUAUAUUUUAUAUUUAUUUCUUUUUGUCAGGGUGUGAAGGGUCUACCAUGUGUGUCGCUAAGGGCUCGGCCCGGCCGGCGACGUCGCAGACAACACGCUGGCAGGGACUCGGGGAUGGUAGCCUACUGCACUCUGACUGGCUGGCAUGGAGCUUUUAAUGGGAACUCUUCCACUCCACUGUGAAAUGACACUGGAGGGUUG